GUAGCCUUGUCUCCAGUCCUGUCUCCGAGCUGCUCACUCUGGACCCGAUUCAUCACUUGGCCUCGUCUAGGACCAGAGGUCACGGUAAAAAUCACAAAGAUGCUGCCUCGGUCAGGGCUACGCACCCUAUACCCGCAGCCUGUGGCAUUUAUUACUUUGAAGUGAAGAUCGUCAGUAAAGGUAGAGAUGGGUAUAUGGGAAUAGGACUUUCUGCUCAAGGGGUCAACAUGAACAGGCUUCCUGGAUGGGAUAAACAUUCUUAUGGGUACCACGGUGACGAUGGGCACUCCUUCUGUUCUUCGGGGACAGGACAGCCCUAUGGCCCUACGUUCACCACUGGAGAUGUGAUCGGCUGCUGUGUUAACCUUAUCAACAAUACCUGCUUUUACACGAAAAAUGGCCACAGUUUAGGUAUAGCCUUUACAGACCUCCCUUCAAAUCUCUACCCUACAGUGGGUCUCCAGACUCCAGGAGAGAUAGUCGAUGCCAACUUUGGGCAGCAGCCAUUUGUGUUCGACAUUGAGGACUACAUGAGGGAGUGGCGAGCGAAGAUUCAGAGCACCAUUAAGCGGUUUCCCAUAGGAGACAGACUAGGCGAGUGGCAAGCCAUGCUGCAGAAUAUGGUUUCGUCGUAUUUGGUUCAUCAUGGGUACUGUUCAACAGCAACUGCCUUUGCCAGGGUCACAGACACCACAAUCCAGGAAGAACAGACCUCAAUAAAGAACAGACAAAGAAUACAGAAGCUAGUAUUAGCAGGCAGAGUGGGAGAGGCUAUAGAAGCCACCCAGCAGCUCUAUCCUGGCCUCCUAGAACAUAACCCCAACCUGCUCUUCAUGUUAAAGUGUCGGCAGUUCGUGGAGAUGGUGAACGGGACAGACAGUGAAGUACGUUGUUUCAGUGCCCGCAGCCCCAGAUCCCAGGACAGUUACCCCGGGUCCCCCAGCUUAAGUCCUAGACAUGGAUCAAGCAACUCACACGUUCAUAGUACCGGAGCAGAUAGUCCAACUUGUAGCAAUGGAGUCAUGUCCACAAAAAGCAAACAGAGUCACAGUAAAUACCCAACACUGAGUUCAUCAUCUUCGUCUUCCUCCUCCUCCUCCCCCUCAUCUGUGAACUACUCUGAGUCCAAUUCUACAGAUUCUACCAAAUCUCAGCAGCAUAGUAGUACGAGUAACCAAGAAACCAGUGACAGCGAGAUGGAAAUGGAGGCUGAGCAUUACCCCAACGGAGUCCUGGAAAAUUCAUCCACCAGGAUAAUGAAUGGCACCUACAAACAUGAAGAGAUCCUGCAGACGGAUGAAUCCAGCAUGGAAGACAGCUGCCCCCAGAGGCAGCUCUGUGGAGGGAACCAUGCUGCCACGGAGCGAAUGAUCCAGUUUGGACGGGAGCUGCAGAUGCUGAGCGAGCAGCUUUGCAGAGAAUAUGGGAAGAACACAAUGCACAAAAAGAUGCUUCAGGAUGCGUUUAGCUUGUUAGCUUACUCAGACCCUUGGAACUGCCCCGUUGGUCAACAGCUGGACCCGAUCCAGAGGGAACCUGUGUGUGCUGCUCUUAAUAGUGCUAUAUUGGAAUCUCAGAACCUGCCAAAGCAGCCCCCGCUGAUGCUUGCCCUGGGCCAGGCCUCGGAGUGUUUGCGGCUCAUGGCUCGCGUGGGCUUGGGCUCCUGCUCCUUUGCCAGAGUAGACGACUAUUUGCACUAGCCACCAGAGCAAGAUGGAGUUGACAUCGUUGAGUGCUGCCCUUCACCCUCCGUUGCUGCCACUCUACACCACCACCUCGUUCGAUAGCCUGACCUCCCUGCCACCAACACCCCCUCUAGCACACACACACCCACACACUGCCUGUGAAAGGACUGAGUGAGUCCCUCACUGUGUGGCUAUUCCUGACCCCAGGAACGACUGGCAGAUCUUACCUGUCUCCUUGCCAUUGCUGCGGCUCCAGCGGCACUCAGUAUUUCGCUGGUUAUUCUAAUGUAGCGCCUUCCGAUGUAGGGAUUUCUCUUUAUUUUGAUUUGAGUUGUUUCUCAUGGAUCCACCAAUAUUUUAUCUGGAGAGUUUUGCUGAGCUGGUUUCUGCUGAUUUACUGAGGAAGCUCAUCAAGUUGGUGACAGCUUGUUCUUUUCUGCCCUUCUCCCUCCAUCGUGCACAUACAGCAUCAUCUUCUGUGCUAGUUAUCUGAACUCUUCUCGCAGUGGCAGUUCAGAGGGAUUUUUUUUUAUUUUAUUCGAAUCCUGUUUAUUAAAAAGGUCUCUUCCACCUCCACAA